AUGAAUGCGAUGUUCAAUACAAACAUUGAAGUUAAAUCAAACAUCCUCCAGACGAAAUCAUCAAUUCAAGCCGACGAUUCCUACCGAAUAUUUCGCAUUACGAAAAAGCAGAACGAUGAUAGCGAUGAUGAAAAUAUCGAUGGACAUCAUCAUAUGUAUAUUCUCUACAAGGAGAAUAACAUAACAUCGAAACCUCAGAGAAAAUCGAUUAAAAACUCGGAUCGACAUGGUUUUGACGGAUGGAAACGGAAAAGUACAAAAAAUAAACGUUUGUUAUUUCUUCACAAAACAUCGUGUGAUUCCACAUCCAACGAAGCAAAAAUUCCUUCAUCGCCAAGUCAAAUAACGACUGAUUUAUCUCCAUCAAUCAAUUCCAAUGAUGCAUCAUCAAGUCAAUUAUCUAAGAAAGAUAAAAAACAAAUCACGGAUCGACACAGUAAUGGUCAAUCAUUUGAGUCGGAUGUUUUAGGAACAAAUCUUGAUGGACCGAAUGAUGCUGCAUUGAAUAACUUACUCGCACGUGCGGAUCAAUUAGAAACAACAGUGAAAAAACAAGAUUUUAAUAAAAUUCAACGUGUAUCACGAACAAGCAUUCAACAGAAGAGAAAACGAUGUCUCAUUGCGUGUAGUACGGUUUCGAUAACUUUAUUGAUUAUUAUUACGAUUAUCGUCGUCGGUAUGGUAAUGAUAUUGAAAUACAAAACACCGACAGAUCACGUGAAAAAGCCAUCGUCGAUCUAUGACUUAUUUCGAUAA